CAGCUUUUGGAAAAUGUAUUGUUCUCCUAGUCAUAGGAAAGAGCAUUGUGGUAUUUUAUAACACUUUCUUACUAUUUAGGGGAUAUUAGUGGUUUGAGCUCCUUGAGUGAAAAGGGAAACAUGGGAUGGAUGGAUUGAUGGAUAGAUAGAUAGAUCCAAAUGUCCAUGCAGCAUUUUGAAAAGAAUAGCAGUGUUGAUGUAGUGGAACAGUGAUCUUUGCUAUUUUACAUUGGGGCCACUUGAGCAAACAACUUUCAAUAUGAGAGCCAUUUCCCACUGUGCUGGCCUCUGUAUACUGUAUUGUGCUGUGGGGGAGAUGGAGCUCUAGGAGGACAGUACCGGGAAAGACUACACUUCCCAGCACUCUAAGCAUGCCUUCCAAAAAGGUGCAGGGACUUGAGGGCUUAAGGAAGCCGCUGCCCCCCUGGGCAGAGUUGUAUCUGGUGCUGGGCAGGGCACAGCACUACAUGGUGAGAAUUGUAGUCUCUGCAUGGUGUCAGGGGAGUAUGCAGAGUAUUCUGCUUUGGCUGAAGCGUCACACAGGCCCGAUAAACAAUUAGUAAAGGGGGUUGCACUUGGGGUUAAUGUGGGCUGCCACUGGCCGCCAGGCCUUACAGUGAAGAGCAGUGUGGUAGAGAGACCAAACUUGUUGAAUAGAUUUUUGGAUAUAUUUGUUCAUGCUAAACUAGCUGGACUUUAAAGGCAUAGAUAAUUUUAUCAUAUUUGGGCUGAUUCAGAUGAUAUUUCAUCAGAUGGCCCUUGCAUACACAAUAAGGACAUGCAUGCACCAUUAGUAUGCACAACUGAUUUAGAUUACACCCCACAACAUGAUUAGGGAAAGGUCUACCGAGAAGGGGUAUGUAUGUGCACCUUGUCACCUGUGCACAGCUGGUGAAUGAAAUAUUGUCUGAACCAACUCCCUGAUCUUUUCCCCCAUGAUAAAACCGACAAUCACUUGUAUUUACCACUGAACUGAACUACUUUUCAUGAAGAACUAUUGCCUGCUUACUGGAUCUAACUAUAUGAUCACUUUAUGUAGGAUAGGGAGGAGGACCUCAUCACACACUUAAAUGGAUUUUCAGCUGCCUGAAACAGUACUUAAACCCUUUCAUAUGUGAUAGAUAAGCAGUACUGUGUGAACUGGUUCUAACGCCUGAAGCUGUCUUAUGUCAAAUGUUGUUCUGUCUAAUCCUGUAUUCUGGACUUAUUCUGACUGGUAGUAGCACUCCAGCCUCCAAGGAGCUCACAGAGUUCUCUCCUAAACUUGCUGUUUAAGAUUCUUCUAGUAGGAAAUGCUGGGAGCUGACACUGAAAACUUAUGCAUGGAAAACAUGAGUUGUACUGCUGAUCUAAGGACUCGGUAGUAUUGCUCCAAGAGUAUGUGGCCAGCACUGCCAUUCUGUGGGCUCCCAGAAGCCCUUCUGCUCAUGUCUGGGACUACAGGCUUGUGGUUCCCACUCUUAGCAUGUUCAGGAGCUUAACGGAAUUGUGGAUUCCCCAUUUGUUGGCAUAUGGAGACAGGUCACUUAGGGAGAUUAUUGCCCCCAGAUUUUACCAGCUACCAAGCAAAUUGAAAGGGGAUUAACCUUGCACCUUUCCCUCUGUUAGGAAUGUCUAAGCAGACCGGAGUUAGAUUUCGAGUUAACUCCACUUUCAAGGUCUUUCUGCCCGAAGAUUGACCCUUUACUUCUCCCUCCUCUGCGGUUGCCCUAAACAAGCUAACGCUAAUCACCUCAGCAGGAAAGCCAGAUAAGGCACUGUGAACACAACUCCCUUUCCUAUCACAAAAGAGCUAAUGGGAAAUAGGAACUCAAGAGGUGCUCCCAUUAGAAUUAUUGAUUGGUUUACUGGGUCCUUUCAACCUGACAAAUACUGUCCUUGCAUGUCUGUUCAGUCCAUUUACAUACAAGUUGCUCUUGACCAUUUAUACCAUUGUGUUUUAUUCAAGCACAGCAAGCCAAAAAACCCCAGAUCCUUUUGAGAUCCACUGGAAUUUCCUUCCUCAAGAAGAAGGAGUGUCUCCGUCUCUAGAUUGGCCUUCCUCGCUGGCCCGAUCUACCCAGCUCACCUCUCUGCUACGAGGAGUUGGCUGCAUGAUAACAGACACCUUUUGGAUUUACCCCUGCUGCUUUUGGUUCUCUGCUGCUGCCUGGUUCCAUCCCUGAGGAAAGAGGUCCUUUGGUUGCACCUGAGCCACAAGGGUCUACUUGCCACUAAUGGAAGAACAAGAUCCAUAAGCACCCACUGUUGAUGACCCUCACUGAUAUCAUAACGAAUUAAAUGUUAUUUUAAAAAUGGCUCUUCGUGAAGGAAAUGUAUACAUGGCAAAGUACAGUGCUUGAGUGUUUAUGAAAGCUCUUGAGAAGAUGGCUUACAUUAGCCCAAAGGAAAUUGCACUAAUAGUUGGAGUGGUGGCAGCUUGCUACUGGAACAGUCUGUUCUGUGGCUUUGUUUUUGAUGAUGUGUCAGCCAUAUUGGACAAUAAAGAUUUGCAUCCUUCUACUCCUUUAAAAAAUCUCUUUUUGAAUGACUUCUGGGGAACUCCAAUGUCUGAGGAAAGGAGUCACAAGUCUUAUCGGCCACUUACUGUCUUUACCUUCCGUUUGAAUUACCUGUUCAGCGAAUUAAAUGCAGUUUCAUACCACUUCCUCAAUGUUAUCUUUCAUGCAAUUGUUUGUAUAGUCUUCCUCAAGGUCUGUAAGCUUUUCUUGGACAGCAGGAGCAGUUUGGUUGCAUCCUUACUGUUUGCAGUACAUCCAAUACAUACUGAAGCGGUAACUGGUGUAGUGGGCAGAGCAGAGCUUCUCUCCUCUAUCUUUUUCCUAGCUGCUUUUUUGUCAUAUACCAAAUCUAAAGGGCCAGAAAACACUAUAGUUUGGACUCCGAUUGCAUUGACUGUGUUUCUGGUCGCUGUUGCUACAUUAUGCAAGGAGCAAGGAAUAACUGUGGUGGGGAUAUGUUGUGUCUAUGAAGUAUUUAUAGCUCAAGGGUACACCUUGCCUGUUCUUUGGGAUUCAGUGUUUCAGAUUCUCCGAGGCAAAGGCAGCAUUCCUUAUUGUAUGCUCCAAAUGCUGUUGAAGCUAAUAGUUCUGAUGUUCAGUACUUUACUACUGGUUGUAAUCAGAGUCCAAGUGAUUCAGUCUCAACUUCCAGUGUUUACAAGGUUUGAUAACCCGGCUGCUGUGAGCCCAUCUCCUGCAAGGCAGCUGACUUUCAACUACCUCCUUCCUGUAAAUGCUUGGUUGCUUUUAAAUCCCUCAGAACUGUGUUGUGAUUGGACAAUGGGAACUAUACCAUUGGUGGAGUCACUUCUAGAUGUAAGAAAUGUUGCCACCAUCACCUUCUUCUGCUUUUUGGGAUUUUUGCUUGUCUUCAGUCUCCGAUACCCUGGAGAUUCCUCCAAGACCGUACUGAUGGCACUUUGUUUAAUAGUGUUGCCAUUCAUCCCAGCAUCAAACCUUUUUUUUCCUGUUGGCUUCGUAGUAGCAGAGCGAGUGUUAUAUGUUCCCAGCAUGGGAUUCUGCAUGCUAGUAGCCCAUGGGUGGAAAAAGCUCUCAAGCAACAGUGUGCUGAGAAAACUAUCCUGGGUCUGUCUGUCUUUGGUGCUGCUUAUUCAUGCCUUAAAAACAUUGCACAGGAACUGGGAUUGGGAAUCAGAAUAUACACUGUUUAUGUCAGCUUUAAAGGUAAAUAAGAACAAUGCCAAACUCUGGAAUAAUGUGGGCCAUGCUUUAGAAAAUGAAAAGAACUUUGAAAGGGCAUUGAGAUUCUUCAUUCAAGCCACCCAUGUACAGCCAGAUGAUAUUGGUGCCCACAUGAAUGUAGGAAGAACUUACAAAAAUUUAAACAAGACUAAAGAAGCUGAAGAAUCCUAUUUGGUUGCGAAGUCACUGAUGCCACAGAUUAUUCCAGGUAAAAAAUAUGCUGCACGAGUUGCUCCUAACCAUCUGAAUGUUUAUAUAAAUCUUGCAAACUUGAUUCGGGCAAAUGAGUCUCGCCUUGAAGAAGCUGACCAAUUAUAUCGCCAAGCAAUCAGCAUGAGGCCAGAUUUCAAACAGGCGUACAUAAGCAGGGGUGAAUUGCUUCUAAAAAUGAACAAGCCACUUCAAGCUAAGGAAGCUUACCUUAGAGCCCUCGAACUGGAUAGGACUAAUGCAGACCUAUGGUACAACUUGGCAAUUGUUUACAUUGAACUGAAAGAUCCAACAGAAGCUCUGAAGAACUUCAACAUGGCACUGGAACUUAAUCCAAAUCAUAAAUUAGCACUGUUCAAUUCUGCGCUGCUAAUGCAAGAAUCUGGUGAUGCUCGACUUAGGCCUGAAGCUAAGAAAAGGCUUCUAAAUUACGUUAAAGAAGAACCUCAGGAUGCAAAUGGCUAUUUUAACUUGGGCAUGUUGGCAAUGGAUGACAAAAAAGAUGCUGAAUCAGAGACCUGGAUGAAAAAAGCCAUAAAGCUCCAGCCUGGCUUCCGAAGUGCUUUGUUCAAUUUGGCUCUGCUUUAUUCGCAGACUGCAAAGGAGCUGAAGGCUUUGCCUGUCCUAGAGGAGCUACUGAGGUACUAUCCAGAUCAUACCAAAGGUUUGAUUCUGAAGGGAGAUAUUUUGAUGAACCAAAAGAAAGAUAUACGGGGUGCUAAAGAGUGUUUUGAGAAGAUCUUGAAAAUGGACCCAAACAACGUACAAGGAAAACACAACCUCUGUGUAGUUUAUUUUGAAGAACGAGACUUAUUAAAAGCAGAAAGAUGUCUCGUGGAGACUUUGGCCUUGGCCCCGCAUGAGGAGUACAUUCAGCGUCACUUAAGCAUAGUCCGGAGUAAAAUUGCAUCACUUGGUAUGGGGGAACCAUCUGUGAUUCCUACUCAGAAGACUGCAGCUGUAGAGGGGGGGAAAGCUCAGCUGGAAAACUUGAAAGAUGUAAAACAUGAACAGAAACUCACUCAGACAAAAAACAGUAAUGGCAACAAAGGUCAGACAAAGCCCAAGAAAAACGUGGAGAAAAAUAACACAGACAAAGAGACAAAAAAGAAAUCUACAAAAGAUAUAAAAGACAUUGAGAAAAAAAGGGUUGCUGCCCUGAAAAGACUAGAGGAGAUUGAGCGUAUAUUAAAUGGUGAAUAAUUUAUCAGGUCAUCUCUUCCAAUGCAGGAGGUUGAUGUUUCUUCCAAGGGAUAUGUGUUAAGUCAAAAUGACCACUAGAUGUUUGCUGAAUUUGGAAAGAACAUUGAAAGCAUAUCUUUUUUUCUUUUUUAGAAAAAGAAAAAAGCAGGCAAAGGCUGUUGCUUCUACACAAAGAAAUGAGUUAAGAAAAUCAUGGAUUGUAAUCAAAUAUCCUUGGGUUAGGGAUUGAGCAUAACUGACAAACAGGGCCUUUCCAGCAACAAAAGCUGUAAUUCUGAAAACCAAAGCUGCAGUUCUAAAGUUGCAUACUAAGCAGCAAAUCCUGCUGAACUCCAGUAGUGUUUGCUUCAGAAUAAACAUGUUUAGGACCUGGUCAUAAACUACAGCUAACCAGAUGUCGUCUUGGCAUUUUCAAAUGACUGUAAAAUGCUAGAAGGCAGAUGUAGAGGAUGCCUUGGAUAUGAUGGUGUUUAGGCUGACUUCGAGGGAAAGGUGCUGGUGCAAGUGUUUUUUGGAAUGCAGCAUUUCAGUUUGGACAGUAUUCAUUUCCGUUUACAUGUCAAAUGCUUUAUUUUUUAAGUUACAUAGUUAUGCAUCACAUCCCAUUUUUUCUCUCCACCCUGCCAUGCCCUUGGCAUUAUUAGUGUUCAAGAGGACAUACUGGAACUAGCAAAUGCCACUCAUAUUAUGUAUGUACGUGCAUGCAUUUGGUAGUGCCCGCCCCCAGACAUACAUAUAUUGCACUCAACAGUGUAUUGGUUCCCUAAUUGGGGGGUGGGGGAAGAGAACCCCCAAACUAUGCUAUUGAAGUUCCCUGGCCUAUUAAGAGAUUGUUUUAAAGAUCUUGUUAUGUUUUGGAACCAAAUUUGUGUGCUUGUUUCUCAGUCUUCUGUUACCUUGCUGUAAGGAAUCUCUGGAUAUUUUCUUCUUCCCCUGUGUGUGGGGGUAUUUUUGGUGUGGGGAUUUUUUUCUGUGCUUUUUAGUUAAGUAUUAUGAAGCACCUCAUGUUUAUGUUUCUCACUUCUGAAUGGACUCCCUAGUGUAACAGUUAAUAGUAGAUACUACCUAUGGGUUUUUUUGUUUUUGUAGUGAUUAAAGUGUGCUAUUUGGGGGGAUUUCCACAUAAACAUGAUACAAAUGUUUGUCUGCUGUUCAAGGCAGUUCUAUUGUAAUCAAGAGUGCCAUCCUUGGGAGUAAGCUCUAUUGAGUAAACCUCACUUACUUAUGAGUAAGCUCAAGAUUGGACUGCAAGUUGCUUCAGUGCUUAAAAAUAAUCUGAGAACUGCUUCAUAUAAUUCCUAUGCAGAAGCAGCUUCUUAGAAGGAAAGAGCAUGAGUGUGUGUAGAUAAUCACAUAGCAAAAAGCCAUGCAAUUUCACACAGAUGUAAUCGACACACCAUUUGUACACCAUUCCCUAUCUGAAAGGAAGAUGUGUAGUUUAAUAUUAUACUAAAUAUUACACUUUUUAUCACAGAGUUGUGGAUUUUUAAUUAUUUAUUCUAAGUACUAGAUUUCCAAAUUGUUUUCACUAACAUCUUUGCCAGAAUGAGUUGAGUUAACUCCUUACAUGAAACAUGAAUUGGUAACAUCAGCAUUUUUAUUUCUGUGGCUAUGCAUAAAUUUUCUCUUAAAUAUAUUGUUCAGUUGCCUAAAAAUUUGUUUUUGUUUCCUUUUACUGUUGGCUUUCUGAGACUUAAACUCUGGGAACUGAAAAUAAGUUUACACUGACAGGCAUGUUUAAUCUUGUGUGUGUUCUUUCUUAACUUUUACAUAAAAUAAUUUAGUAUGAAUUGUGCUUAGAAUGAGCUCCAACACAAUCAGGAUUUCUUGCACUCAGAAAAUCCCAAUGGCCCAUAAUAAGACCAGAUAAUUGAAGUGUUUGCACAAGCGAAACAGGACUUUCAACUUUGCCCUAUCAAAAACUGCUUUUGAAGUUCUCUCAAGUUUGAUAAGGAACUUGUGAUGUGUUUUGGAGAACCUGCUAUGGGAGAAAUACCAAGGUCAGAGGCCCAUGGAGUGCACAAAGCUUGCCUUGUUGUAUUCUGGAGUGUAGCCAUAAAAAUAUUUCUUAAUCCCUGGUUAGGAAUCCCAGAAUUGUGAAGUACAAGAACACUGCCUUUUUUUCUUCUUCUUUAUACAUCUUUGUAGGUUGGAUUUGUUUGUUUUUUAAAGUUCCAUCCAGAGUGUGAUAGUGGAUACAAAUUCAAUAUGGGAAGCAUCUCUAUGUAAACGGCUUUGUUUAAAAGUGUUAUAUAAAGAUUCGCCAUAACCUCA